AUGGGAUCUAAGGAGCACUCUCCGAAAGAUGAACGUCCAACAGGCAACCAAGGAGCGGACGACGAUAGUAGCACGGUAGUUAUGCCCUCAAGGGUCUCGUAUUCAAGAUCACAGGGAUCGUUUAUUGAGGAUGAUGACUACGAGAAUGCUAUUCAUGAUGACUCUUCCACAUUGUUUUCUGGUAGAAAUGAUAAUGGUGCAGGCUCUGGAAGUAAACAUAGGAAAGUUGUUGCGCACCAACGGUCACUGUCUAAUGAGAGAUUACUGUCCGCGCAGCUCAGCCAGAUGACGUAUAAUAACAAUCGUAUUGGAUUGGGACGUGCAAUCUUGCAAGUGCAGGAUCUACUGCAACAAUUAGAUGAAGAAAAUGAGGUUAGACCUAUUCAUAUAUCAGGUGGGAAUGAAAAGAACUUGCGUGUUUUGAAUGUGCAGUUAAAAAUUGAUGGGCAUUAUUCUGAUAAAAAUCAGUUUCGACUGGAUAAGGAGGCUAGUGCAAAAGUCUUCAAAUCACAGAUUAUUUCUGCUCUUAACCAUCUUAUAUCUUUGCAAAGAAGAGUGGAUGAUAUAUCAUCCAAAGUUUUCAUUACUGGUGACGUAAAUACUGGUAAGUCAAGCUUUUGUAAUUCUUUACUGAGGCGUAAGCUUUUACCAGAAGACCAAUUACCGUGUACUAACGUCUUUUGUGAGGUUCUAGAGGCUAGAGAAAAUAGCAAUAUAGAAGAAGUUCAUGCGAUCACAACCAAAACAGCAGGCAAUGUCAGGGACGCGAAUAGCAUUUACAACAGCAGGGAUAAAUCUACUUACGAAACUUUUAAAUUAAGUGAUUUGCAAAACCUUGUGGAGAAGAGUGAUGAGUACAUUCUACUGAAGAUAUAUAUCAAAGACGAUAAAUGCCCAGCAGAGACAAGCCUCUUGAGAAAUGGAACAGUGGACAUUUCUUUAAUUGAUUCUCCGGGCCUCAACAAAGAUUCAGUAAAGACCGCCGAAGUCAUGGCACGCCAGGAAGAGAUUGAUUUGGUAAUAUUUGUGGUGAAUGCGGAAAAUCAACUGACUUUAUCGGCUAACGAGUUUAUCAAUUUAGCAUCAAGAGAAAAAAAAUUCAUGUUUUUUGUGGUAAAGAAGUUUGACAGAAUUAGGGAUAAGCAAAGAUGUAAGGAUCUCAUAUUGAAGCAAAUAAAAGAUCUUUCACCGGAGUCGUAUAAGAGCUCAUCACAAUUUGUUCAUUUUCUAUCAGACAGCGGAGAUGACGGACCCGAUGGGGAUCCACACGAUGAUCCGAAUGAUGAUGAAGACAACAACAGAGAACCGUCUCCUGAUUUUGAACAUCUUGAGAACUCAUUAAGAAAUUUCGUUUUAAAAAAGCGCUCUUUAUCCAAACUGUUGCCAGCUAAAACGUAUUUGUGUAAACUUUUGAGUGACAUUCAAGAGAUAUCUGAAAAUAACAUGAUAAUUUAUAAGCAGGAGGAUGAUCUAUUGAACAAUGACUUAGAGACAUUGAGACCAGAGUAUACAAAAGCGAAGCAACAUUGUGAAGGGUUAACAGACACUGUCGAAAAAUUAGCCGAAGAAAGCGUCACCGCAACAUUUGAACGUACAAGACAGUGUGUACUAAAUUGUUUAGAUAUCUCGGAAAAUGCAUUACCCAAAUACCAAGGUAUAUCCCAAAUUCAUGAUUUCGUUUUUCAAACAGAGCAAUUCAUUAGAAAUCAAAUUAAAGAUGCCAUUACAUCAAGUGAAUCUUUCGCAAGGUCGGAAACCGAAAAAUGCGUCAAGAAAAUUAAUUGCAUGGGGAGAGAAAAGUUAGGCAAUGACUUCAUGUCCAAUCGCUUUUUCAAUAGUGAAUUGAUGUUCACGAAAAGACGUCAUUAUUCAGUAAAGAAAUUAUCUGUUCCACUGACCAUGAAUGAUUUUUUUGCUCCAUCAUGGGAAGGUUUGCUGUCCUACUUAAGUUGGGGCGUUGUUGUGCCCGUGAUACCUGAAUCGAAGGAGAUUGCUGGCAAAGACAAUGGGGACACAAAAUCACUGACAGGUGCACUUGGGUUGGCUAAUUACUCUUUUAAUCAAUACUGGACCAAACCUUCUUUACUAUUCACCUCAAAGAUACCCACUCUCGCCGUUUACUCUGUCGGUGGUGCAAACGUUAUGAAAAAUAUGGUUGUGCAUGGAUUCCAAUUUUUUUCUUGGCAAACUAUCAAGCGGAUCUCUGGUUCAUUACUAUUAAUAGGGGGACUCCUUGGCGUGGCAUAUCUCGUUCAUGAUCUUCCCAGGGCCCUGCCACAAAAUCUGUCCAUCAAAUAUAAGAUAAAACUACAGCAAAACGACUAUGGUCAUUCCAAUGCAGAAAGGAUCUCCAAAGAGGUGCGUGAAGUUUUGAGGGUUCCAACUCGUGAAAUCGUCAAAUCUUGCGAACUCGUAAUGGACAAAAAACUCACUGCGAAGAGAGAUCUCGAAGGAAAAUUGGAGAAUAAUGCUUUAUCUAUCAAAUUUUUCCGUCAACUACUCGAGCGAGCUACAACUGAAAGAACUAUCGUAGAACGCAUAAAUCUUGACGUCGAUUAA